UACAUCACUUUCCCCAUACGGCGUCAAGAAAGCUGACAGAGAUGCAGCUGUUCGUGGUCUCGCUGUUGUGUGUCGGACUUGUGGCCGGUUUACCGGCUCCAAACACCAAGGUCCUCCCGCAAAGCUCUUCCCGCAUAGUAGGCGGGAUUGAGGCCACCAUUAACCAGUGGAGUUCUAUCGUCACCCUCAACAUCGUGGAGAGGAACCAUCACUUCUGCGGGGGAACUCUCAUCGCUCCCAACGUCGUCCUGUCAGCCGCCCACUGCGCCGAUGCUCUGGACGCAAAUGGCUACACACCAGACCAGAUCGUGGCCAAGGCUGGGAAGCACAGACUGUCGACCGUGGAGCCUACCGAGCAGGUCCUCGGCAUCCAGGGCUGGCUCAAACAUCCCAACUACGACCCCAACACCAUCGACUAUGACGUCGCGCUUUUCUACCUGAGCAACUCAGCCGAACUGAACGACGAUGUGACCCUGAUGCCGCUGGUUCCGUCCGGACAGGAGUUUGCAGGCGAUACUCAGUGUUUUACGGCCGGGUGGGGAGACACGCAGGAAACGGCUGACCAGGACCUACUGCAGCAGGCCACCAUGCCCAUUGUGGCCCACUCAACUUGCAACGGCUUCCUCUAUUGGUGGAACUUGAUCACUCCCAGGAUGCUGUGCGCCGGCCAUUGGGACGGAAGUGAGACUUCAUGCAAUGGUGACAGUGGCGGCCCGCUUGCCUGCCCUAUGCCCAACGGCGGGUACAUGCAGGCAGGUAUCGUGAGCUUCGGCGUCAACGGCUGUGUCGGCACCUUCAAACCCACCGUGUUCGCCAAGGUCGGCAACCUCCGCAGCUGGAUCGACAGCAACAUGUAAUCGGUCCACUAUGCAGUGUCUCCUUCACGGGACCCUAAAAGAUGAACAUGGGUUAUGUCAAUUAAAACUUCAUUGUAAUCAUUAAAAAAAUGUGAUCAUGAUUGUCUGGCCUCAACAUACAUCUACCAGCCAUAGCUUACAGGCAAAAGCAAAGUGAAUAACACGUUAUGUCCUUUGUAUUAUUCUCAUAAUGGUGCAAUGGUGACGUGUUGAGCCAUAACGGCAAAAAAGGAAAUCUUCUAAACACACCGAAGAAGCUGUUGGCAUCUUUGCACACAUCUUGCCUUCCC